CAACCUACCGUCUGUACCCACAUGUUCUACGCCUUUGUGUAGUCCUGUUAAGAAUGUUGGAAAUCACAGCGACGAUGAUCAGAAAGACCUGGACUACAUUCCAAAAAAUUUAUUUCUCCCUGACGACGUGCUGGAAGAAGAAGCAGAGGAAGAGGAAAACAAACCGAACAACUUUGAAGAAAAACUUUCGAGAAAAAUGUUUAAGCUGCAGUUAUGCGCGUGUUUGGAGAAGCCAACCAUACAUUAGAAAGAUACCGGCUGGAAAUCUGUUGCUAUCCGCUGCUAUUCUUUACUCUG